AUGUCUCUGGCCUCAAGAAUCUUCUCUCCCAGCAGCCGCGCGCUCGCUAGCCGAACCUUUAGCACCUCUGCCCGACGAAUGGCCGAUGCCUCGCCUCUUCCUGCUCGGAAACCUUUGGGAGCCUUCCGUGGAGGACUCUUUGGUUUCCUCCUCGGUAGCUUCCUCUCCGGCAGUGCCGCUUACAGCUAUCUUCUCAAGGAAUACAAGACUGCCAACGACCUGUUGACUGAGGACAUCUACACUCUCCAGGCUUCCAUCACCCGCCUUAGCAACCACGUUCAGGCUCUCGAGACCAGGACACAGGGAAAGAAAUAA